GGCUACGUGUACGACGUGUACAUCAAAAAUUCUUUCAAAGUACCGUAAAAUUUGUGGGUUGGAGUCACUUUUCCUGGGGACCUGAUCGUAAAAGUGGUACACCUAAUUUUAGUCGAGAUUUAGUGUAAUUUUAGUUAAAUAUAAGGCCCAUUCAUCAUGGGGAUAAAAUUUCUAGAGGUUAUUAAACCUUUUUGUAGUAUUCUUCCAGAAAUAGGCAAGCCAGAAAGGAAGAUUCAGUUCAGAGAAAAAGUACUAUGGACCGCUAUUACAUUAUUUAUUUUCUUAGUAUGUUGUCAGAUUCCUUUAUUCGGAAUCAUGAGUUCAGAUUCAGCAGAUCCAUUUUACUGGAUCCGUGUUAUCCUGGCUUCUAACAGAGGAACGCUUAUGGAACUUGGUAUUUCCCCCAUUGUAACUUCCGGAUUGAUUAUGCAGCUUUUAGCUGGAGCAAAGAUUAUUGAAGUUGGUGACACCCCUAAAGACCGAGCCUUGUUUAAUGGUGCCCAAAAAUUAUUCGGCAUGGUUAUCACUGUCGGUCAGGCAAUAGUCUAUGUAAUGACUGGAAUGUAUGGAGACCCUGCAGAAAUCGGUGCUGGAGUGUGCCUGUUGAUUAUUAUCCAGCUUUUUGUAGCUGGUUUAAUAGUGCUUCUCCUUGAUGAACUUCUCCAAAAAGGAUAUGGGCUGGGAUCUGGAAUUUCUCUGUUCAUUGCCACAAAUAUUUGUGAAACAAUUAUAUGGAAGGCUUUCUCACCAGCGACAGUUAACACAGGAAGAGGCACAGAAUUCGAAGGAGCUGUAAUAGCAUUGUUCCACCUUCUGACAACAAGACAGGACAAAAUUAGGGCUCUUAGAGAAGCUUUCUACCGACAAAACUUGCCCAACUUGAUGAACCUUCUUGCUACAGUUUUGGUGUUCGCUAUAGUGAUAUACUUCCAAGGAUUUAGGGUGGAUUUGCCAAUCAAAAGCGCUAGAUACAGGGGGCAGUAUUCUAGCUACCCUAUCAAGCUGUUUUAUACAUCAAAUAUACCAAUUAUUCUUCAGUCUGCGUUGGUGUCGAACUUGUACGUAAUUUCACAGAUGUUGGCUGUUAAAUUUCAAGGAAAUAUCCUCAUUAAUUUGUUGGGAGUUUGGGCCGAUGUUGGGGGUGGUGGGCCAGCUAGGUCUUACCCUAUAGGAGGUCUGUGUUAUUAUCUAUCACCUCCUGAGAGUGUCGGACAUAUAUUGGAGGACCCUCUUCAUGCUUUGUUAUAUAUUAUUUUCAUGCUGGGAUCUUGUGCGUUCUUCUCAAAAACCUGGAUUGAAGUAUCAGGAAGUUCAGCUAAAGACGUAGCCAAACAGCUGAAGGAACAACAAAUGGUUAUGCGAGGACACCGAGAUAACUCAAUGAUUCACGAAUUAAACAGAUACAUCCCCACUGCAGCGGCGUUUGGGGGGUUGUGUAUUGGAGCCCUGUCAGUUUUAGCUGACUUUUUGGGUGCUAUAGGGUCUGGUACGGGUAUUUUACUGGCUGUCACGAUCAUAUACCAGUAUUUUGAGAUAUUUGUCAAGGAACAAAGCGAGAUGGGUGGUAUGGGAGCUCUUCUGUUUUAGUAAGUGACUCAAAGAGUGCUCAGUUUGUGUGUAUGUACUGGGUGAUCGAGAAAAAACUGUAUUUGUCGUGGCUAUGUCACGAAAGUUGUUAAUAUUAGGUGUGGAGUAACACAGAGUCGUCGCAAUCGGGGGGUUUGGGCUAUAUUAUGAUAUAGCCAAGUCUUCAAUUUCAUUGUAUAUUUACAUGAUUGUGUUGAUAAUAUAUUUGUAAUUUAUAAGAGUUUUUUUCGGUUUCGCAUUUUUAUUAAUUUUUUUUACGUCAUAUAUUGUCAGUCCUCAUUAAUAUAGUAGGUACGGUUGUGUUGAGAGUUUAUUUAUUUUCGAGAAUAAAGUCGAAAAAUGUUUGAUGACAUUUUUUCUAAGAAUAA